AUGGCAGAGGAUGGCGGGUAUGCAGCGUUUCUGAAAAGCGAGCUGGCGGAGCUGUAUGAGAAGCUGGUGCAGAAGCACCAGCUUGAGAUGCAACACGCAAAUCCAGAGCCUAGGGUGCAAUGGGUGCAAGUACCACCAGAGCUGCCGGGCGGCUCUCAGCAGCCAAGCCUUUACAGCGGCUUCUUGAGCAACGUGGGCAGCCACGUAAGCAGCCAUGUGAAGAGUCAAGAUGAUGGCCAGCCGCUGCAGAUUUGGACGGAACCCAGUCGUGACUCCACGGCUUCAAAUGGUCUCUUGGGCAGGUCAGAGCCACAGAGAAACUGGGCCGCCCUCACCUCCAAAUUGCUGGUGGCCUUUGAGGAGGCCGAGUCCGAGAGCGAGGACGACGAGGUCGCUUCGUAUGUCAAAGACAUCCUGACCAUGCGUUCCCCCUGGAAGGCUGCCCUGCAACACCACGCCUUGAAGCGCGAAAAGACCGAAGUCUUUAAAUCCACCUCAUCCGCACACGGUCCUCGCAUGAAAGAUGCCUCGGUGGGGAGGUCCUGCAUUCAGCCCAUGGUGCAAAAGCCCAGCAGCAAACUUCAGAUUGCUUGGUCCGUCCUGGGUGUUAUGUUCAUUGUGUGGGACAUGAUUACGAUUCCCUUGGAGCUCUUCGACCACGAGCAGAUGAUUUCCGUUCUGCUGAUCGUGGGGAGGGUCACUUUCGGAUAUUGGUUGUUGGACAUGCCUCUGCACAUCAUCUUUGGAGUGGAGGUAGACGGGCAUCUCGAGUUGCGUCCGAUGGAGCUGGUCAAAAUGUAUCUGCGGUCCUGGUUUUGCAUCGACACAUUGGUGAUUUCCAUUGAUGCGACACUCCUGGUACUGGAAGUGCUGACAGCGCGCGCACCCGCCCCUGCGCGCUCGGCCCGCUACUUGAGGACUUUGCGGCUGCUGCGGCUGUUGCGACUUCUACGAGUGGCGAAGCUGCAGCGUGAGCUGACCAAGCUGGCAAACAGCUUCCUUUCCACCUAUGCCUUCAUGGUCAUGAGAGUAGUGUCUGGACUAUGCAUGAUUCUGGCAGUGAACCACAUCAUCGCUUGUUGCUGGUUCGGCCUUGGGCGCUGGACAAUGGAAGGUGGUAGCAGUUGGCUCCUCAACGCAGGCAUCGAGGAUGCAGGCUUCUCGGACUCCUACGCGACGAGUAUCCACUGGGCAUUGACACAGUUCACACCGGCAACCAAUAACGUGGCGCCGGUAAACUUCGUGGAGAGGUUUUUUGCUGUUUGGGUGAUCCUCCUUGCGAUGGGCACAUUCUCCUCCUUCAUCAGCUCCAUCACCGCAACAGUGAGUACCUUGAGGGCGUCGAGGUCCGAGCAGUUCAAGCACCACUCCUUUUUGGUGCGCUUUUUCAAUGAGCGGAACCUCUCCACCGACACCUACGCCAAGAUUAACGAUUCGCUGAAGAGGCAGGGAUUGUACGACAUCCGGCUCAAGGAGGCGGAGGUCCGACUUCUGGGUGGAAUUCCGGAAAACUUGAAGGUGGUCCUCCACGAGGAGAUGUUCAUGAACUCCCUGAUGGCCCUGAGCAUUUGGCAUAAAUGGAGCCAUGAGGACGAUUUGCUGAUCCACCGCCAGCUUUGUCACCUCGCCAUUGUGGAGCAUGUCGCCUCUCCUGGAGAAGAUGCCUUCAUGCCCGGCUCCGAAUGCACGGAGGUGUACGUCCUCGAGCAAGGCAAGCUUGGCUACAUUGCGAGACAGUUCAGCACCUUCGAAUCCGAGCCCGCUCAUGCUGGAGACGUGCUGUGCCUGCCUUGCCUCUGGGCGGAAUGGUCGCAUCGUGGCCGUCUCACAGCAAACUGCGGCACGACGGCAUAUUACAACGGCAUCAUCUGUGAGAAGUUCUGCAGCCUCGUAAAACAGCACGGGAAUCCGCUUUGGCAGUAUUUGCAAAUUUAUGGAAUCCUGGUCAUUGGCGAGAUUGAACACAUGGAUGCAGAGGACAUCUUCGUCACAGACAAGUCUUUGGGCGUGGAGAAGAUGGAUGACAUCGCUGCCCGGGCCGGCCGCUUCGCUGAGAUCGUGCGCUCGAGACAUGGCUCCCAGAAAACUUCCUUCAUGGCGACACUGGGCGCGAUAGGGCAGCACCAUCACCAUCAUCGCUUCAUCGCCGCUUCCUCGAAAGAGGAGGGGCCUAGCAACGCCGAAACGGUUCACGUACAACUAUGA